GGGAAUUAAAAAACCUUUAACGGGGCAAAGGAAAAAGGGAAGGUGAUCAGAGGCAAACUAGGGAAUAACGGAGCGAUCAAGGUGUAAUUAUCGGGGGCGCAUACAUCCAAUCCAAGAGUAGCUGUCCUAGCUUAUUUGAUGUACAGUAUUUUCGUUUCAGAUUCAGACUCUUUGAAGAAAUAUUCGGACUUUAUAUUAAACAAAUUCGGACAUUUUUGUAAACUAAUUUUGGACUGUUCUAUGAAUGAAUUUGGACAGUUACGAGGGCUCUACUCCUAAACUAUUUUCUGCUGAAUAAAAGCAUACAAAAGUACUGAGCCAAAGAAAUAACAAUGGAUUACGUUCAUUUCGAAUAUGCAGCUGUACUUGCUGAGAUUGAUAAGUCAGUUGACCAUAUGGAAACUGACGACUUAGCCAUUCAGUACGGUGAACUAGAAACACUCGUCGAGGCUGCAGUUACUAACGAUGUCGACAUGUCGGAAAUCACAUCGAACGUUGUUCCUCAGCUUAACGACGAGUCUUUCAAUGCUGAUGAAGGGUUUAAUGAAACCAGAAGCAAAGUGGAUGAAGACAUCUCCUCGUUAACGGUUGAGUUCCAAGAGAUCAAAAUCUCCACUAAGACCUACAAGAACUACGGGCCUGACCAGAUUAAGCGCUUCAUUUAUUUGAUUCAGGAGGAAGGAAUGCCCGUAACAAAAGCUGCAAAAGCUUGCGGUAUUCCAAGAAGUACAGCUUUUGAGAUGAGAAGAGAGUAAAAUGAAAGUGACGGUACUAUUUUACCUCGUAGCGAGAAGAAAGGCCCUAAGAAUGGAAAUACUGCUAAAAAACUAUUUCCUGAGCAUACAAAAUACUUGAUUGAGCUUUUCGACGAAAAUCCUUGCCUUGUAUUACAUGAAGCAAGAAUCAAAUUACUUGAGAGAUACCCAGAAAUUGAGAAGAUUGCUCUAUCCAGUUUAUAUACGCACAUUAGAGAAAAAUGCCGCCUCUCUCUGAAAAAAGCCAGCAAGUAUACUGCGGAAAGGGAUGCUCCUAGGACAUUAGAGCUUCGCGCGAGCAUAAU